AUGGCCAUCGUAUUUGUUAUCUACUUGGGUUCGAGUACAAUAAUCUUUUAUGCCGCAAGAUACCACAUUUCUGGAGAGACAAAAACGAACGACAUUCUUGAUACUGCUUAUUUCGCCUUUGUUAUAAUGACUUCUGUUGGGUAUGGAGACCUUUCUCCUGAUGACGACCCUCUUGCACUAAUAUUUGCUACUAUCUUCUCCCUCUGGGGUAUGUACGUUUUUGGGGUACUGCUACAUAUGGCUUUAGAAGUUUUAGAAGAGCAACGACAAAAUAUAAUGCGUAAGGAUCCAAAUCAAAAUGCUGCUACUGCAAAGGAAUUGAUCAAAAAACACAGCAAAAUAAUAGGGCUCUCCCUUUUGGGGAUUAUGAUUGUCGACACCAUUAUUUUGAUUCUGACCGAGGGAUUGGACUUUAUUCAUGCCUUGUAUUGUAUAAGUAUAACAAUCACAAGUGCAGGUACCGAAAAAUGCUUCUCAACAAAACUUGGACGGAGCUUCGCAAUAUUCUGGAUGAUAUUUGGUGCUCUUUAUAAAAAUUUUGUGCUCUUUACUUUUACCAAGGUAUACACUGAAAUAAAACAAAGGUCAAAAGAGAAGAUAAAAGCGAUGGCUAUAAAAAUAUCAAAGCCAACGUUGGACAGGGAAGACGAAAAGAAAGACGAAAAGAAAGACGAAAAGAAAGAUGAAAAGAAGCCAGACAAGAAAGAUGAUAAGAAGCCAGACGAUAAGAAGCCAGAUUAUACUGGUCAUGUUCCAAUACUCAUUCAAGAGCUAAUAGAGGAGGGGGUGCUCAAAUACGAAGACAUAGAAGCUUUCAGGGCAGAGUUUAGAAAACUCGGCCCUCGUGGCACGGAUAGGUUGACGUUACGUGAAAUUAUGGCGUCGUAA